CCACACUGUUCGCUACUGAAGCCCUCGCUAGCUAGAGGCAGAACUAUAUCCAACGCGGAGAUGGAGGGGGCAGUACUGCAUUGCUGGUGGCGAGAGGAGAAGUCGUGGACGUAGUUUCUGCGGAGGAUGAGGACAUACUCAGCGUUUUCAAUUGAUAUGCAGUGUAGUGGCAUGCAUGGACACCAGAUAGGGAAGUGUAUUCACCUGGAAAUGGGUAACAUUUGAGAAUCCCGCAUGAAGACUGAGUUACAAUCUUUCUGUCAUAUAAUAUAAAAGAUUAUUAAAUCUGAACCUACGCCAAUUGGGACCCCACCAUGCUGGUAUUAAGGACUGAUAGUGAAAGAAGUACAGUCCGCAGGUCAGAUGGGUGUUGUGGACAUUAGUAAAGUGAUUAUGAUGUUCCUUUGACGUUUACUGUAAAGAGGAUAUAUUGUACAUAUCAACAAGGAUCUACACCAGACAAGUGGUGACAAAGAAGGAUAAUUAAUCGAUGACAUCUGCUUUGUUGUAGUGAAUGAUUGCCGGGAGGAUUAUAGCUCGGAGAUUAUUCCAGUUCAUGUAGAUUGUUUGAUUUCCUAUGGGAGUACAUCAACAGGCAAUCAGUGAACCCUCCUCGGAAAUGACCUGCAUAUGUCUACACUCACAAAAACGGCAUAAGACAUGUUCUGAAGUACCAUGACUUAUUACGAUAAUUUGAAAGUAUUCGGAAUUUAGGUAUAAAUUUAUAAAAGUAUAUUUUCUUCUUAUCAUAUAUGAUGUGUGACAGUGAAACAUCACUCGGCAAUGGCGUUCUUGACAAGCAUAUUCUUCUGUUAAACUUGCCAGAAGGUAUGCAGCCCAAGUGAAGUCAUUAUCUUGUACCCCGACUAACUUGUAGCCUUUCAUGCCCUUCCUCAACCUCUGCAUUCACUACUGAUUAAAGAUCCUCACACAUCGACCUAAUUUGAGGACUGCAUUGUAGUAUGGUACGAGAUGGGAAACUGUAACGCCAAUGGCUAUAGAACGGGGAUCGGGUUACGGCUAUACAAAUAGGCAACACAGGGACUUGCUUGGAGGAAUGUGAUUUGAUGGUGCUGGAGUGACACGCUGAAUCAGUACACCAAAUGGAUUUAAAGUGAAAAUAAGUCAUUAUGUUGGAGGACACAUUUUCAAAUGUAACCUUUCCAGGUGGAGCCGAGAAUUUGGAAAAACGCCAGUUCCACUGGAUUUUUGUGGUUGUAGAAGUGGCAUUUGACAUAGUGAUAAUCGCUGGUGAUGUUUGUUUACUGUUUCUGUACUUCACUAGGAAGCUGUUGGGACAAUCAACGAACAUAUUGGUAUUUUCGGUAGCUGUUGGUGACCUUAUUACAGCUAUUGUAACAAUACCGUUGGAUAUUGUACAAAAAUUUGUCAACGACCUUUCGCCAUAUCUGUGUAAAAGUUACUUCUAUUUUUCGAACGUAGCACGAACAGCAAUCAGCUACAGCAUUCUAAUGCUAGCUAUGGAGAGAAUCAUGGCCGCUUUAAACCACAAAGUGCGUUUACUGUCUGCAGGAAGAUGCCUCUUUUUCACAAGUCUGAGCUGGUUCUUCGCAGCGUCCUACAAUAUCUGGUCUGUGGUACUGUACUCAACUGAGUACUACACCUUCGACACUCACCUACCUACACGAGUUGCCUUGUGCUUUGUCUCGGAGUCCUUCAUGUAUCUCUACCAGAUAUUUAUUGUCCUGGAUUUCCUUAUCAUUUUCUUAUUUCCAUCAAUCGGAACUUUCGGUCUGUUUGUGAUUUUUGUAACUCGGAAUCGGAAUGCUUAUCAGCCAGGUAGGCCUUACAAACCUUCCAUGUCGGUAAUAGUGUUUACAUUCGCUCUUUUUGUAUGUUUUGUAGCCUGUCACCUACCGCUGGAGAUCAUUUCCUUUUUAAUCGAUCACAGAGCUGCGUCGUUUUUAACAAAUGACGCCAGUGCGUAUAAAGUGCUUCAAAUGUUCUCCUUUACCAGAGGAUUCUGGGACCUCUUUAUUUUCGGUGCCUUUCGGCAUUACGUGUGUAGAAAAGAAAAGGCUUUGGCCCAAAUGCGGGAUCAUAGAACCAAGCAGCAGUGUUUGUCAUUGGAUAUUCCCCAACAAGCUUUUUCUACAAGCUUACUGGACAGUGAUCAGGAGGUGUCUGCUAAGAACUCCCACUCCAGUGGUGACUCACGGCUGUAACUGUAGCAAGGCUGACUUUAAUCUCUGUACGUGUAGCGGUGGCAGUCACAAGAUCACAAGUGCUCUUCAAGCUGCAUGCUCCAUCAUCUGCCACUGACAGGAAGACUUACCCUACACAUGCUUAAAUGUCAGGUUGAUGUGUAUCAAGGAAAACGGAUAAUAACAGGAAAUGUUUUUUUCUUCCGAACACAAUUGCUUUCUCUUAUUUCAUAAAGUAGGACACAUUGUCGUGUUAAUUAGGAUGUCGCUACUAUCGAAUGUACAUAUAAAUGACUAUACAUGCGUGUGUUACGUUUCAAAAUAUAGUAUUUAACAAUGAUCCCAUAAUGCAGACCCAUGCAGUUGUAAACCUUGAAUUCCAAGGGCGAUAUAGGUAUUUCAUGAGCAUAAAUGAUAACGAUGCUUGCCUGUGUUCAGGAUCAGAUUUUGAUUCCAUAUUCAAUUAUUGUAAACUUUCUAUUUCUAAGGUGCAUAUUUUGUUAUUUCUUAUUACUGAACAUUUUAUGACAGGGGUUUCUAAUACAAACUAUGUAUGUAGAAUAUCAGGGAGUACAUACAUAUACUCAUUUCAUCUCAACUCGCUCAGUAUUGUGUAAUACCUAAAGAAGAUGUAUGAACCCUGUGAUAUGUAAAAUGUAGCUUAUCUCCCCAUGACAAUGACUUAUUAUUAAUGACUUAUUGGCAUAUUUUAGUGCAUUAUGUAACACCGCACAGUAUAAUAUGAGUAUAACAUAACAUAUCAGAACUGGGGCCACACAGUUAAACAAUUAUCAUUUUCUCAUGGUAAGGUAGGGUGGCCUAGUUGGUAAAGCGUUCGCUUGUCACGAACCCCGGAUUCGAUUCCCCACAUGUGUUAAGCCGUGGUAUGACUGGAUUAUUACUAAAAGCGGCGUAAACCUCAACUCACGCACUCAUAGUGAGGUACUUACAUGUAUAUGCAAUACAUUAAUAUCCAUAAGAAGUAAAUAUUUUCCGAAGCUGUACACCAAAUUAAAGUAUACAUCUGUUACAGUGCAAGGGCAGUUACAAUAUUGAUGCGGUCUUCCGAAUCUUAAAAUAUAUAAAUCAUGAAUGUUUAAUUGUAAGCGAAAGAUGGUCUUUCAUGGUGUAUUUACACAAUUUCAUCCUUUAUAAUCGUUCGUGUUGAAUUAUAUGUGUCAUAUUACCCACUUUCCAAACUUUUAUUCAUGGGUACAUGUACCAUCCGAUUUUGUGACUUGCUUCAUACUCUUUCUUUUUACUUUUGUUUUGAAUUCUAAGAUACAACGAUGGUGUAUAUCUAUUUUGAUAUGAAAUACAUCAUUUAACAUAUAAAGAUGUUUAUGUUCCGUACAUGAAUGAAGGCUAUCUAAAUAGAGUAUGUUCUCUUCAUAAUGCCACCUUCUAUCCAGAGAAUACCUUGCCCUACAAUUAUCUGUAGACAUGUUGUGGGGAUAAUAGAGAUUGUUGCAAUACAAUAUUUGAAAACAAAUCAACUCAUCACUGUCAGGCUUUGUAGUGAAUAGUAUUUGAUAGGUUCAAAGCUUCUUACUAUUCACUUAAAUGCAGGAAAACAUAGUUACUUCUCCCAUAGUUAUUAUUUCUUUCCCGUGUGAAUUCCAUCAUUGAAUCCUCACUUUUUUCCUCUGAAACAAAGUUGGUAAAUGAUUUGAAUUGUUGAAAUGUUAGCAAAGAACCUUUAAUUAAUUUUAAAUUUUAAUUUUUUAUUUUUUUAAAUUUUAUUCUUUUCGGGGUGGGGGAGAUUCUUAUGGACAGUGAACAGUGGCAUAAUGGAAAGAUCUUCUAUGUGACAAAGUGUCCGGUGUUCGGUGAACUAUAAAUAUGUGGUACUCUGUGAAUCAAUAAUAUACAUACGUCUAUGUACAAAAGGGCAAUAAAUAUUUAUCGCAAUGCUCACGGUGUCAAAUCACAUUAGAGACCAAUGGCAGCGUGGACAUAACAGGUAACUGGGAAAUCCUACAGACUUCUUCUCCCUCCCUUUGAGUUUACGAUGCAACAGCCCGA